UUGAAACUCAUCUUCUUCACAAAAACCUGAAAUCUUCAUAUUCCAAGCAAAGCAAUGGGUCAUUCUUGUUCAUCAGUUCUUCUUCUGUUCAUCAUCAUGAGUCUAAUGCUGGGUUCAGCAUUCUCAUCCAAGUUCGACGAUCUCUUUCAGCCAUCUUGGGCCUAUGACCAUUUUGUCUACGAAGGAGAAACACUCAAGAUGAAGCUUGAUAACUAUUCUGGUGCUGGGUUUGCAUCCAAAACCAAGUAUAUGUUUGGAAAGGUCACCACUCAAAUUAAACUUGUAGAAGGUGACUCUGCUGGAACUGUCACAGCUUUCUAUAUGUCAUCAGACGGUCCGACCCACAACGAAUUCGAUUUCGAGUUCCUGGGCAAUACAACAGGAGAACCUUACCUGGUUCAAACCAAUGUUUAUGUUAAUGGAGUCGGUAACAGAGAACAAAGAUUAAACCUUUGGUUCGAUCCCACCAAGGAUUUCCAUUCCUAUUCAAUUUUCUGGAAUCAGCGUCAAGUUAUAUUUCUAGUGGAUGAAACACCAGUUAGGGUUCAUACAAAUCUAGAACACAGAGGAAUACCAUUCCCAAAAGAUCAGGCAAUGGGGGUCUACAGUUCAAUCUGGAAUGCUGAUGAUUGGGCAACUCAGGGCGGUAGGGUUAAAACAGAUUGGACCCACGCCCCAUUCGUGGCCUCAUACCGUGGCUUUGCAAUAGACGCAUGCGAGUGCCCGGCUAGUGCGCCGGCUAGUGAGAGUCAGAGACGGUGCAGUAGCAGUAACGAACGUCGGUUUUGGUGGGACGAACCCACUUUGUCUGAAAUGAACCUACAUCAGAACCAUCAGUUGAUUUGGGUUAGGGCUAAUCAUAUGGUUUAUGAUUAUUGUGAAGAUACUGCCCGAUUCCCGACCAUGCCGACCGAAUGCGAACACCACCGCCAUUGAUUAUUCAUUGUCGAUCAACAAAAAAAAAAAAAUGAUGUUUAUAUUAGGACAUGAGCUCCAUGUUUUGUUAUUUUGUUUUUAGCAUGUAAUAUAUGGUGCACCUAGAUUAUUAUUUAAUUAGUUCCUAAUUUCUA